AUGCCAUCCUCCAGAAAGCACAAUGAUAUGCAAAGCCUAACUGGUCGGAUCACAGCUCUUAGCCACUUUGUCUCCAAGGCAACCGAUAAGUGCACUCCCUUCUUCAACACCCUCCAAGGAGGUCAAAUGUUUGAAUGGACGGAGGAGUGUGAACAGACAUUCCAACAGUUGAAGGCACACAUGGUGAACCCUCCUAUUUUGUCGAAGCCCACAGAUAGAGAGCCUCUUCUCCUCUACAUGGAUAUCUCUGAGAAUGCCAUAAGUGUUGCCUUAGUUUGCGAGGAAGGUCGUGUCCAACAUCCCAUUUAUUACGUGAGCAAAAGACUCCUCGGUGGGGAGUCCAGGACUGCCAUAAAGGGACAAGCACUAGCAGAUUUCAUUGUCGAGUACAUAGGAACACAUGAGAGACCCGAGGAGGCCCAAGUGGUCGGGCUCGUAUGGAAGCUGUUUAUGGAUGGGUCCUCCAAUAAAAAUGGAGCUGAAGCAGGUCUUAUCUUGGUAUCCCUCGACGGACAUAGGGUUCACAGUACUUUGAGAUUUGGCUUUGAUGCCUCGAAUAAUGAAGUUGAGUAUGAAGCACUUAUUGCCAGACUCCGAGUAGCCCUAGAGCUCAAGGCUGAAUGCCUCGAUAUUUUCAGCGACUCUCAACUCGUAGUGAACCAAGCCCAUGAGACCAAGGUGGUCGCUAUUUAG